GGCACCUGCCCGUCAGUCGUGUUUUGUGAAACGGACGAAAAUGAGGCUUCUUUUACUAUCCCUGCUGUUGGCAUCCUGCUGCCUCUGGGAGGCGGUUCACAGUUGUGCGAGCAUCGAGCAGCGCUACAAGUUCCCCAACAGCAACAUCUACGUGCGACUGAGGCGAGGUGAUAAGUUGCAGUACGAGCUGAUGAAGGGUGACAAAUCCCUGCAAACUGUGACCUUUGACAACUUUGAGAGCAGCGCCAAUCUGGUGGAGACCAGCAGCGGUGGCUACCAGCUCACCGAUGGCACGACCACUGUGGACUUCACUCUGGUUAAAAGUGGCGUGGUCUCCGGCACGGGCAGUGAUAUCACCCAUGUGAAAGUAUCCCGAGAUCAGGUGCUGAAGGGCAGCCAGCCCAGGGAUUGUUUCUCUCUGAAUACGGGAUCAACGCACUGGUUUAGUGGUCCCGAGCAGAAGCAGCACUACUGGCCUGUGGAGCGGCAGAGGCACAGCAAUUACUCCUACCUCCCCAAAGAACUAGAUAACUUUGGUGUGGGAGAGCGAUAUUGGCUGAAUGGUGAUGGAGCUUUUCUGUAUGUGGAGAGCAACACUCCGCUUUUUAUCGAUCAGAAUACAGCAGACUAUCCGGAUCAGCUGUGUCUGAGUGCCACCAGUGAACUGCCCUAUGAUCCUCGCGUUACCUCCGCCAAGUUCGUAUACCAUGUGGCUGUGGCCAAGGAUGCCAAGGCGGCUCAUAAGUAUGCCGUUAAAACUUUCCACGGACUACCCACGGGUUAUCCCGAUGAGCGAAUGGUCAGGCACCCCGUGUGGUCCACUUGGGCUCUGUACAAAGCCGAAGUGACCGACGAAGUGGUUCGGGACUUUGCCAAACAGAUCCUGGACAAUGGUUUCAACAACAGCCAGCUGGAAAUCGAUGAUGAUUGGGAGGAUUGCUAUGGGGCCUUGACCUUCAGGAAGAACAAGUUCCCCGAUAGCAAAACCUUGACCGAUGACCUCAAGGCUUUGGGUUUCCGUGUGACCCUCUGGAUUCAUCCCUUCAUUAACAACAACUGCACUGCCAUUUUCGAGGAGGCAAAGUCUCUGGGUUAUUUGGUGCUCGAUCACCAGGGCAGCUCCGAUACACAGUGGUGGAACAGUAAGCCCAAGGAUGCGGCCAUUCUGGAUUUCACCAAACCUGCGGUUCAGGAGUGGUUCACCAAACGUUUGAAGCGUUUGCAAGAUGAGGAUGGCAUCGAUAGCUUCAAGUUCGAUGCCGGAGAGACGAGUUGGCUACCUAGUGAUCCAGUGCUGCAGGCCAGCAGUUCCAUGGUGACUCCCCUGCAGGCGGUGGGAGAUUACGUGCGAACUGUGGCUGCUUUCGGCGACAUGGUGGAAGUGCGAUCGGCCCAGAACACCCAGGAUCAGCCCAUAUUCGUGCGCAUCGUGGACAAGGACUCCGAGUGGGGUUGGAACAAUGGCUUGCUCACGCUGAUCUCUUCGAUGCUGCAAAUGAACCUCAAUGGCUAUCCCUUCGUCCUGCCCGACAUGAUUGGUGGUAAUGGCUACUACGAGAAGCCACCGAACAAGGAGCUCUUCCUGCGCUGGCUUCAGGCUAAUGUCUUCAUGCCCGCCCUGCAGUUCUCCUUCGUGCCGUGGGGCUUUGACGAUGAGGCCAUCGCGAUCAGCAAGAACUUCACUGCCCUCCAUGCCAGCUACACGCCUUACAUCAUGAAGCUCUUCAAACGCGCCGUGGAUUCUGGGGAACCCGUGAAUGCUCCGCUCUGGUGGAUCGCCCCCACUGAUGAGGUGGCGCAGUCUAUCUACGAUGAGUUCCUUUUGGGCGAUGAUAUUAUCGCUGCUCCCAUCGUAACUGAGGGCGCGACCAAGCGAGAUAUUUACCUGCCAGAGGGCGAGUGGAAGGAUGGUAAUAGCGACCAGGCAUACACCGGACCUACCUGGGUUAUGGACUACGCCGCUCCCCUGGACACUCUGCCCUACUUUGUGCGCGUAGGAUUCCAACUGGAGUAGAGCAUAGUCUAAUAUUUAUAUUAUGUAUAUUUUUCUAAAAAAAAAAAACGAA